AUGUCGAGAUUAGCUAAAUUUCUCUCAAUUUCUUUCUUUAUUUCUUUCUAUUUAUCUUUCUUUCGUUUUUACUUUUUUCUUUCUUUCUGUUUUCUUUCUUUCUUUCAUUUUUCUUUUCGUUCUGUAUUCAUCCAUUUUGUUAAUAUAUCUGACUUCUGUCUUUCUCCAUUUCUGUCUCUCUUUUCCUUUCUUUCCUUAAUUCUGCUUUCUUUCGUUUUGUCACGUUUUUCUUUCUUUCAAUCUAUAUCUAAUUUUUCUUUCUUUCUGUUUGUCUGUCUGCCUCCUUUCUUCCCUCAUUUUUGUCUUCUUUUUCUUUUCUUUCCUUUGUUCGGUCUUAUUUCUUUUGUCCUGUCUUCUUUUCUUUCUUACCAUCUGUCUUUAAUUUUUCUCUCUUCUCUAUCUCUCUUUUUUUCUUUUGUUCUGUCUUCUUUUUUAUCUAUCUAUCUAUCUAUCUAUCUAUCUAUCUAUCUAUCUAUCUAUCUAUCUAUCUUUCCUGUCUGCAUUGAUUUAUCAUUUACCCUCCCCUCUUUUCUCUCUCUCUCUCUCUCUCUCUCUCUCUCUCUCUCUCUCUCUACUAUCUAUCUAUCUUUUUGCCUAGAACGCCCACUCUUCUACUUUUUUGAAUAUUUCUUUCUCUUUUUCCACCUUUCGCUUUUUGCCCAGUGUUGCAUCUCCUUGCCUCCUUCGUUUUAUAAACUUAUUCUUUGUCCAUCUCACUUUCAAUUCCCCUCUUUUCCCUUGAUUCUAACUUACUAUUUAUAA